AUGCCUUCCACAGUAGAAUAUCGCGCUGGGAAGCGACCUCGUACUCAGUCUCUACCACCCCCAGCUCUUCCUCAGCUUGUCGCCGAACAACACGUACCUAUAGCCUCCAAUGAUAAGGACAGCCAGAGACUCAUAGUAGUCCUAUCCAAUGCCAGUCUAGAGACGUACAAAGCCUCCCACGGUGGCGGCGCAGGACGGGCGGGUAUGCAGCGCGAGGAUAAAUACUCGCUCCUAAACAGCGACGAGCACAUCGGAGUGAUGCGCAAGAUGAACCGAGACAUCAGCGACGCCCGACCGGAUAUCACACAUCAGUGCCUCCUCACUCUUCUGGAUUCGCCUAUCAACAAGGCGGGAAAGCUACAAAUAUAUAUACAAACUGCAAAGGGCGUUCUCAUCGAGGUGUCUCCCACCGUCCGUAUUCCCCGAACAUUCAAGCGAUUUGCUGGUUUGAUGGUCCAAUUGCUCCACCGCUUAUCCAUCCGCUCGACAAACUCCCAAGAGAAGCUUCUCCGGGUCAUUCAGAAUCCCAUCACGGACCACCUACCGCCCAAUUGCCGCAAGGUUACACUAAGCUUUGACUCGGCUACUGUGCGCGUACGGGACUACAUCCAGACCCUUGGACCAAAGGAAAGCAUAUGUGUUUUCGUCGGUGCCAUGGCUAAGGGCCCGGACAACUUUGCCGACGAGUACGUGGACGAGAAGAUCUCCAUCAGCCAAUACAGUUUAUCAGCCAGUGUUGCAUGCAGCAAGUUUUGCCACGCUGCUGAGGACGUCUGGGACAUCCUCUAA